AUGACAACAAGUUUCAUAAGUGGUGGGUCUCAAGCAAAUUUAUCAGCUUCUGUACGAUCACGAUCACCUAGUUUACGACGUGUCAAUGAUCAAAAAAAUCAAUCAAAUCAACAAGCUGAUGAUAUUUAUGAAUUGUUAGGUCGAUCAAUUAAUCAAUUAGUUAAAUAUUUUGAUGAACCUGAAAAAAAAAAAGGAUUAAUAACACCAAUUUUAUGUGGUGAAGAUGGUCUUGUUAAUGCAUUAGAAAAAACUCUUUCCUAUGGUUUAAAAAAAUCAACUGGUAAUGUUCCAUUUUUUGACGGUGGACGAAAACGAUAUGUUUGGGACUUCUUAAUUAAAGUUUGUGAUGAAUAUGAUGGACGUCGAUCCCAAUGGCAACGUUUUUCUACAUUUGGUAAAGAUGGUCGCUUUCAAAAUUGGUGCUGUUUAGCUUGCAAACCUCAUUUACUAUCAGAUUGGUUUCAAUUAUUAAGUCAAUGCAGUGAUGCAUGUCUACAACAAUUCUAUGAUCCAUUAAAUAAUUGUUUCCGACAAGAGAAACUUAAUCAAUUUAUUAUCAAUAUUUUAGAGCCUGUUAAAGAUUUUGAUUUUUCUCAUUUGGAACCGGCAUUACUCAAAGGACUUGCUGGUGUUUAA